GCGAUUUCGAGUCGUUUUCCACGCUUGCCGGUGCUCCAAACAUGCGAAAAAAUAAAUGCACUUUCCGGUAAUCACGGUAAUGUCACAGAAACAAUGUUGAAACUGAUAUUCAUCCUUAUAAUGUGUGGCGUUACGGUCGAUUCGUGCGAUAGUUUUUGUGAUUGUGAAAAAUCGCCGGGACCUUGCGAUUUUCCCCUAAUAUUAGCCAAUCUGACCGACAGUUAUUCCUGUCCCAUUGCCGCGAAUCAUAGCGAAUUAAUUAGUGCGAUAGGUGUAAAUAAUGUUGCAUUUUUAGAUCACGACGCCGUGGAAAUUAAAACUGGCGAACUUCCUUUAAACUUUAGUGAUUUCGAUUUAAAUUGGAUAAAAAAAGUUAGUUUCAGUGAAAGUAACUUAACAGUUGUGCCAGAUUUUCUGGCGGACUUUUCCGGAAUAGAGUCUCUGGAUUUAUCGCGGAAUGAAAUCGAAUUCGUGAACGUGGACCUUUUAGCGACUGUUAAUUUAAUAGAAUUAAAUAUCAGCUCGAACAUUAUCUGUACAUUAAACGGUAGCGAAUUAAUCCAAUUAAAAAAUUUAACCACUCUGGAUAUAUCCCAUAAUGAACUCAGCGUAAUCGACGAUCCCUUGCAGUUGCCCGGUCUUCAAUAUUUAAAUUUGAGUAAUAACAAGUUGAAAGUUUUGAGCGGAGCUGGAUUUAACGACCUGAGGCUCCUGCAGCAUCUGGAUAUAUCACGGAACCAGUUGGUUCGAAUUGCCUUCGAGUCCAUACGACUGCCGAAUUUGGCUCGUCUGCUCGUCGCUGGAAAUGCACAAUUAGGAAAGUCACGCGAUGUUUUCGUUUUCGUCGGCACCGGCCGUAAAUUGAAAACUUUGGACGCCUCACGGACAGGACUCAAACAGGUGCCCGCUUCCUUGACUCACUCGAUCCAAUCUCUCAGAUUAACCGAAAACUCGAUUAAGACGAUAAAUUGCGGCGACUUGGACGCCUAUCCGCUGCUACGUUCACUCGAUCUGACGUUCAAUGAUAUUAAGUUCGUCGAGGAGGACUCCUUGGGGCGUUUGGAGUUUUUGUCGUCGCUCUAUCUUUCUCGCAACGAGCUCUCCGAAAUCCCGAGGAGGCUGCCCGAAAAACUCAAAGUUCUCCAUUUAGACAUUAACAAAAUUAGAACGAUAAGAAAUAGGGACCUACAGGGAUUGACUGUACUCGAAGUGCUUCUGCUGAACGACAAUAACCUUACGGUAAUAAACGAGGGCGCUUUCAGUGAGUUAAUUUCGUUAGUUACGCUGGAUUUGUCUAGAAAUCCGCUUAUUAAUCUCCAGCCAGGUAUAUUCGCCGGGCCGUUAUCUCUGGGAAUACUUCGUUUGUCUUCAAUAGCAAUAAUUUCAACAAAUGAAGACAAUCCGUUUCCGCUGUCUGUCCCCGAAAGACUGCUAACGCUUGAUUUAUCUCGCAGUCCCGGAUUAGCUCGACAAUUUUUGUCCGAUACAGCGACUCUAAUGGCCGCUAAGAGAUUAGAGGAAUUAGAUUUGUCAGAUGGGAAUCUCGAAUGUUUAAGGCAAGAUUUACAGUUCUUCCUGCCCCAAUUAAAAGUGUUCCGUUUUAGCGGCAAUAAAUUCAACGCGACUCUAAUUAGUUCGCUGAAAUCCUGGCUAUGCGACACGACCCGAAUCGACAACACCACGCAGGAAUCAAUUAAAAAAUCGGAAUUAACCACCGCAGAGAAUAUUAACGAGUUCAAUGAGGUAUAUUACGACGGCGACGUGUCGAAAUUCUCGCGAGAUUCGCCCGGUUUCUACAACAAAAAUCCUCUCGUCAGCCGGGAAAGGCAUAAUGAAUUGGUGAGGUCGAGUCUUGACGAGCAAGCGGUCGAUAAGCGUGAAGACUCAAUAAAGUGGAACGUCUCCAACGGGGAAAUAUCUAUGUACACGAGCGAAAAGAAAAACUACUUUUAUCGCAGUUUAUUUUUGGUUCUAUCGACCGCGCUCAUUGUAUUCGCCAUCAGCUUGCUGUUGAUAUUAAGACUUGUGAGGAGACACAGACGGGCGUAUGUCGAUGACAUCGAAGCGACGGCUUUGCCAACCAUUUCAGACAUUUGGUGACAUAUGGAAAAUUCGGACGAUGAGAACAAUAUGCUUUAUCAUACUUCCGUUACUUAAAAUAAUGCUUGUGAUAAACUUGGAUUUCUAUUUUGUACGCUGAUGUAAUUUUUGUACUUAAUUCAAAUUGUACAUUAUUGUAGGAAAUAUAAAUAUAUAUGUAUG